AAACUUAAGUAUUAUAAAGAGAUAUCUUCAAGAGACAGUUGUAAUAAAAUAUUUACAAGAUGAAAUCUAUACUUUUGUGUUUGGUGAUAAUAGGUGCAGCUAAAGCCAUUCCAACAAACAGAUUAACCAACGGAGACGCCAAUUUGGGAGAUUUUCCAUGGAUUGUUUCGUUAAAUAUUGAAGACGACGCCAUAUGGGGUCAAACAAUUGAUCACGAGUGUGGAGGCGUGCUUGUAAGCAAAUCUUGGGUUUUAACUUCAGCUAGUUGCGUAAAAUCUAAUUCCCAAUGGAAUACAGUGAAAGAGAUUUCCGCUGGUUUUGUACAACAAAACGACCCAUCGCGUCAAUCAUUUACUAUUUCAAGAAUUGAGCGGCAUCCUGAUUUUAAUAUGACAGAAUCUCGCAACCCAUCUCUGAACGAUAUUGCUUUGGUAAAACUAGAUCGUGAUGUGGAAUUAAACGAAAAUGUGAAAAUUAUCAAACUUCCUGAAGCAGAUGCAGACUUAACCAGCAACUUUGACUUUGCUGGUUGGCCUGCUGUGCCUAUUAUACAGCGAAGCAUCCUACAAUUAAGAAGUGUACCAUUUUUAGAUUAUAAAACUUGCUAUGAUCAAGUAGCCGCCUACGUAGCCCUUGGUCAUACUGAACCCCUCGAUGAAGCUUGGGAUGAUAUCUACCUGAACGAAGAAGAAAACCUCUGCACAGGACCAAAGGACGCAAAAACUGCCGCUUUUGUCAGAGGUUACAAUGGAGGGCCUUUGGUUCAAAACGGUGUGGUUUAUGGCGUUUUGUCUUACCAGCUAAAUGUGUACAUAUACCACGCGGAUUUCUAUGUGCCAUCAGGAAUAUUUAUUAAUGUUUUUAAUUAUAUUUCUUGGAUUAAGGGAAUAGUCGAUGAUUUGUAAUACAUAGAAAUAUUAAUAAACAGUAUAAAAUAUUAUAUUUUACUUAAUUAA